AUGCCAACGUGUGCCAACGUGGGCCAUUUCUUCACCCAAAACCUGGGGAUCAAAGUCGUCAUUCCGGAUUACAGACUCAUCUCCCACGAUGCCACAUUCCCUUCCGGGGGUCAGGAUUUGGAGCUGGUCAUUGACUGGAUCAAGGCGAAUAUAGACCAUGACCCAUCACAUCCCACAACCCUUUUUAUCAUGGGUAACUCGGCUGGAGGUGUUCACUUGGCAACCUAUCUCUUCGCUUCUGAAUUUCGAGGACACCGACAGAAAGUACUCACAGGAGAUACUCUAGGCGUGAAGCUGGGAGGUGUCAUCUUCCUCUCGGCUCCCUUCCACUUUGAUCGGGCGACUGCAGAGAGGGCGAAGACUCUUCAGGCGUACUUUGGGGACGAUGUCUCCAAUCAUUCCCCUCUAGGGCUGUUAAGAGCUUGCAAGGGAGACGGCUCUGUCAGUGAUCUGAAAGGGAUCCCGGUCAUGGUGCUAUAUGGAGGACUAGAUCCGGAAGACGAGAUACUGACCUCGAAGAACGAUUUUGUCAAGGAAUGGAUCGGCACGGACGCUGUGGCCAACGACUUGACAGUCCUCAAGAUGGAAGGCCACAACCACAUCAGCCCCGUCUUAGGGUUGGGGACCGGAAUCUUCAAUGAAGAAGCUUGGGGCCGGCAGGUGGUCGAGUUCGUCAUCGCAGCCGCUGGCAAGCAAAAAUAG